AUGGGCCCGCCGUGCCCAAGGAGAUGCCCAGCGUCCCUGCCUUGCCACACGUCAAGCCGCCGCCGAGGAAGCGGAAUGACUCGACGCCGAAGCCGCCGGAUCACGACAUUUCGUCGUCGUCGAAAAGUUCCACGGCCGAAAUGUCGCGUCCGAAAAUGGCCCAGUCGAAGGUGGACGCCGCGCCACCGACUCGCCCGCCGCCGCCCCCGCCGCCGGCGUUUGAUGGCGACUCUGUGGAUCUGCUGGAGCGUAUUUCGAGCAGGCGGAACGUGUUAUCGGCAGCUUCUGCGAGGAUUCAUGCCGCGACGGGAGCUCCGACAGAGACUGGGACGGAGAAACGGACGGGAGGUGGAGAUCUGGCAAAAUGCUUUGUCUGCAACGCACCGGCAGAGCUCAAGGGUAAGUGCAAUCAUACGUUUUGUACCAAGUGCGGCAACCAGGCUGCCAAUGUAUUUGGGGCCUGCCCGAACCGGAAGUGCAACGCUCCGCUGUCUGCGGAUGGCUUUGAUAAGCUCUUGUAAACGGGUCCGCAGUCAAACUGUUUUCCAAGACGGACUACGCGCUCGAAUUGAUAAAGGAUUCACACAGAAGAAUAAAGAGAUAGAAAAAGGGUAUGCUCCCAGGAACAAGAUACAGAACACGUCGAGAAGGCAAUUCUAUUUUCAGCUAACCUAUGUACAGUUAAGAUGUUAA